CUUGGAGCUUUCCGGGGCUGGUUUCCCAGCUACAUUGGAUAGCGCCUUAGGCUUAAGUAGCCUUCGGUGACCGGUUCGUGAUGGACGCUUAGCGCCGCAGUCGGCCUUGCGAAGCGUCUGAGCGGGGUUUCGUUACUUAUUAGUCCAUUAUUUCCGUUAUUUGCUUUUUUUAAGCAAUCAAUAAGAAGCAUCACCUGAAAUUCUAUAUUAAUAUUGCCCCUGCUGACCUUCGUCGAAGGAUUUGGCCGUGACAUCAUUUACUACUAGGCUCAGCCCCCCUCCCCAAAAGAGCCACGUUAGCCUCUAUUGAUGACUCCCGUUAUAUAAACCUAGAAUUACUUUGCGUUAGUGACAAGAAAGUACACAUAACAUUAAUAUCUCUUUCAAAAUGGUUGACAUCACGGAUGAAAUUUAUGCCUCUCGGUACGCUGUCCUCCAAGACCUCUUCAACAACAAAAUAUCUCUGCAGCAAGCCACCUCCAAAUUAGCGUCCAUCUCAUUGUCCGAUGAUGAUCUCAAUCUUACAUGGAACCUCAUUAUUAACUGCGCGUGUGAAUUUCCCGAACGUCACGAUAAGCUUGUCGAUGUACUUGUCUGCCUCUCAAAGCUACCAGAUGCUACAACGGACCAGGGGGUACCUCUUAAAAAGUAUGGAUUGCAAGUUUGGAGAGACUUGCCAAUGUUUGACUGGGAGCUCCGCGAAGAGUGGGAUGUACGAUCGAUACCUUCUGGCCCUCCUGACUGCCGCCAAAAGGCAAUCUCGAACUUUAUCAAUUUAAACAAAUUCACUGCACUCCUCAUGGCGACAGGGGAACCAAUACUCGAAUUCUCUUGGUUCGCGCUUAUAGCCUUAAGCACUGCGCUCGAAACUCCGCCAAACCAAUUACCAGCGACGGACCCUCUGGACGCAUACAUUCCUGCUGCUGCCGCCUGGAUUGAGACCCUAGGUGUGGAUAUAUAUCAAUGGGACGAAGAGCACGAGCAUAGACCUUUGUCCGGCAUCCCUGGCGAGGGGGGUCCACUGUGGAAAGGAAAACACAGUUUUUGCAAGGAGAGGUGGAGGUUUUGGCGGGAAAGGUUUGGGGAAAUGGCUCGGAUAGAUGAUGACCUUGGAGAGGGAGCGAGGAUAGCAGCGAGGGAGGCUGAGCUAAUGAUGAGGGAUAUUGAGAAUGGCGAUGUGGAGGAGUAGAGGAAUAAGAUAACCCAGACUAUUUGACGUCAAGCGUAACAAUCAUCUAAUUAGUACACACAUAAUACAAGACAACAAGGAUAACUACCUGAGCUCUCCGAGAUCAUCUGACUGCACUGGCC